UCCCUGUAAGCCGGCCGUAGCCAUUAGCUAAUAGUAGUAGUAGACAAGCUGUGAGUAGUAGAAAAAGUCGCGGUGGAGACUGGUCGGUUCACACCAUGGAUAUUAAAUGGAGAAGUCUUGGAGAAUAUAUACAGGACUAGCAAUUGGGAAAGUAGGACCAAAAUAUGCACUCAGCAGCAGACAUAAUCAGGAUCAGAGACACCCAGGGAUUUCAGGUGUGACAGGCACACACGUAUCUGUAUCCUGCACCAGCCUUCCAUAACCUGAGAUCUCCUGCCUGGAAGCAUGGACUCAACUGUGCAUCCAGAUGUGGAGCAGAUGCUGUCUGAAUUCAAGCUUCAUGAAGAAGAAUUGCAGGUCCUUAUGAGCAGAAUGCAGGCAGAGAUGGAAAGAGGUCUUCACCUGGAGACGAAUGAAGAAGCCAGUGUAAAAAUGCUGCCGACCUACGUGCGCUCCACACCUGAUGGUUCUGAGGUUGGAGAUUUUUUGGCCUUGGAUCUCGGUGGAACCAAUUUUCGAGUAAUGUUGGUUAAAGUAGGGGAGGAUCUAGAUGGACAGUGGAAAGUCGAAACCAAGCAUAAGAUGUAUUCGAUCCCUGAAGAUGCCAUGACAGGAACUGCAGAGAUGCUCUUUGAUUACAUUGCUGAAUGUAUCUCAGAUUAUCUGGGUCAGCAGAACAUGAAACACAAGAAACUGCCCCUUGGAUUUACCUUCUCCUUCCCAGUCCGACAUGAGGAUAUUGACAAGGGGAUCCUUCUGAACUGGACCAAAGGAUUCAAAGCUUCAGGAGCGGAAGGGAAUAACAUUGUUGGACUGCUGAGAGACGCCAUCAAGAGACGAGGGGAUUUUGAGAUGGAUGUUGUGGCCAUGGUGAAUGACACUGUUGCUACAAUGAUCUCUUGUUACUAUGAAGAUCAUCAUUGUGAAGUUGGCAUGAUAGUAGGCACUGGAUGUAAUGCCUGUUACAUGGAAGAGAUGUGCGAGGUGGAGCUGGUGGAAGGAGAAGAAGGUCGCAUGUGUGUCAACACAGAGUGGGGUGCAUUUGGAGACACGGGUGAACUAGAAGACUUCCGUCUGGAGUACGAUCGAGUAGUGGAUGAGGGCUCCCUACAUCCUGGUCAGCAACUCUAUGAGAAGAUGAUUGGAGGAAAGUACAUGGGAGAACUCGUCAGACUGGUCCUGAUGAAGAUGGUGAAUGAAAAUUUGGUAUUUGGAGGAGAAGCUUCUGAACAACUGAAGAUGAGAGGAAGUUUUGAAACACAAUUUGUGUCACAGAUAGAGGGAGACUCUACAGAUUUUAAGCAAACCUACAACAUCCUGCGAACACUUGGUCUGCAGCCCACACUGGGCGACUGUCAUGCAGUGCGUAUGGCAUGUGAAAGCGUGUCCACACGAGCUGCUGUCAUGUGUGGAUCCGGCCUUGCUGGAGUCCUCAACCGCAUGCGUAAGAACAGGGGAGAAGACAUCCUCAAGAUCACAGUUGGGGUGGACGGAUCUGUCUACAAACUCCACCCUUUCUUCAAGGAAAAGUUCCACGCAGCAGUCCACAAGCUGACACCAAGAUGUGAAAUCACCUUCAUCCAAUCAGAGGAAGGCAGCGGGCGAGGUGCGGCCCUGAUCUCAGCAGUGGCAUACAAGAUGGCUUACCUUAUUGGUCAUUAGCUAUCGAUGCAACAUACUCCUUAGAAACAUGUUUUCCCCACCUCCGGUGAUCUACAGAGUUUCUGCAGACCAGUACAAAAACAACCUGCAGGGCUCCAUCACAUCAACAUUGCCAGACUUGAAAAUCAGAUAUGGAUACAUCAUGAUAUGUAAGAGGUGCAAACACCUUCCCAAAGCUUCACAAUGUAUUCUGCAGAACAGGACAUCUGUGCAUUGCCAAGUAUCUUCACUUAAGUGCACGCCAGAUGGGACAUUCCCAACAGUGCUCUAAGAACCUAGUCAUCCAGCAAAGACAAGCUAAGAGACAGUCAUAUCUUGGUGAAGACACAUCUUCAAGUUGUUGCUUUAAGGUUACAGAGUUGUACAUUUUCAGUUCUCACGUGGAUUUCUCAGGUAAUAGGUUUCUAGAAGCGGACAGACGUAAGUAGAGAAGCUAAAGAGUUUACAAGGUUUGAGCCCUCAGCAAACCUAAUGCUCAACAUUAAACCUGGAGAAUUGGACGCCAUAUUUAGUACCUGGGUCAAUAGUUUAGAUCGACAACAUAUAGUAAAUGUGAAGAAUCCAGCUACGGUUUAUACAUUCAUUAAAGUGAUUUCUUUCUCCUGGAAUCUGUAUAAUGUAUGUCGUUAAUUGUACGUUUUGUAUGUAUACAAGAAUGUGGCCAGCAGUAAUCAUUAAUGACAGAACAGUACAUUACACUGUAAGAAGAAAAUGAAUUAUUUCUUAAAUUACUAUUGUGGAAUGGACAUUUUUGGAACCAAAGUGUACAGGUAGCUAUAAAAUGGGUCAUCACAACCUUCACCUCCAACCCAGAUAUCUAAGACUUUUAUACCCCUGUUAAUCCAUAUAAGGAAAGAAGGGCAGCAUCUGCUCCUCCUCUGCUCUUCAUUGUAGAUAACCACACCCAUGAGGAAUUGAAAUGCAGCCAACCUAGGAGCGCCUUCUCUCAAAGGUCUCAGCCUCAGGAGCUUCCUCUAUUUAAUGUCCACCCUUAAUCAGCUUUUUUUGAUGGUUACUUGUUACCAUUUUUCAUUAAUUCUUGUUUGACAAUGUAGAUAAUGAUGUUAGAAAAUGGUUUAGUAUGAACAUUAAGACUUAAUAAACCUCAUAUCAGUGUA